GGGGGCGUCCGGACGGCGCGUGGGGGCGGCGGGGCGCGGGCCGGGCCGGAGCGCCAUGAGCAGCCCCGAUGCGGGCUACGCCAGCGACGAGCAGGGCCAGAGCCGCCGCCGCGCGCUGCCCGCCGUGAUGGCCGGGCUGGGCCCCUGCCCCUGGGCCGAGGCGCUGAGCCCCCUGCAGGACAUGAAGGCCAAGGGCGAGCCGGCGGCCGGCGCGGGGCCCCCGGCCGGGGCGGCGGGCCGGGCCAAGGGCGAGUCCCGCAUCCGGCGGCCCAUGAACGCCUUCAUGGUGUGGGCCAAGGACGAGCGCAAGCGCCUGGCGCAGCAGAACCCCGACCUGCACAACGCCGAGCUCAGCAAGAUGCUGGGCAAGUCGUGGAAGGCGCUGACGCUGGCGGAGAAGCGGCCGUUCGUGGAGGAGGCCGAGCGGCUGCGCGUGCAGCACAUGCAGGACCACCCCAACUACAAGUACCGGCCGCGCCGCCGCAAGCAGGUCAAGCGGCUCAAGCGCGUGGACGGCGGCUUCCUGCACGGGCUGGCCGAGCCGCCGGCCCCCGGGCUGGGUGGCGCCGACGCGGCCCGCGUGGGCCUGGACGGGCUGGGCCUGCCCUUCCCCGAGCCCGGCUACCCCGCGGGGCCGCCGCCGCCGCCGCCCGCGCCGCCGCUGCUGCCCCCGCACCUGGCCGGCCACUAUCGCGACUGCCCGGGGCUGGACGGCUACCCGCUGCCCACGCCCGACACGUCCCCGCUGGACGGCGUGGAGCCCGACGCGGCCUUCUUCGGCGCGCCGCUGCCCGCGGACUACAGCUACGCGCCGCCCCUGGACUUCGCGGGGCCCCCGGAGCCCCCCGGCGGCGCCGCCCUGCACGCGCGCCUGGGCGCCGACCCCGCGGGGGGCCCCGUGCCAGGGCUCCUGGCGCCCCCCGGCGCGCUGCACAUGUACUACGGCGCGGUGGGCGCGCCCGCGGCCGGGGGGCCCCGCGCCUUCCCGCUGCAGCCCCCGCCGCCCGGGCCCGGCCAGCCGUCGCCCCCGCCCGACGCUCUCCCGGCCCGCGACGCCGCCGACGCCGGGCAGCCCGCCGAGCUGCUCGCCGACGUGGACCGCACCGAGUUCGAACAGUACCUGCACUUCGUGUGCAAGCCCGACCUGGGGCUGCCCUACCCGGGCCACGAGGCGGGCGCCGGGCUCCCCGACGGCCAGGGCGCGCUGUCCUCGGUCGUGUCGGACGCCAGCUCGGCCGUCUACUACUGCAACUACCCGGACGUUUGACGGGGCGCGCGCGCCCCCUCCCCCGAGACCCUCCAGGCGCCCCCGGCCACCCACCCCCCAGCCCCGAAGGCCAGCAUUCUGCACCGUUUCCCCGCCACUUCACGGAGGGAGGAGCUCAGGAAACCCUCAGCUUCAGAAUUUUGCGUCUUGAAGCCUCCUCGGCAUCUAAUUUAUGGUAAUUUAUUUCGUCUGCCGUUUGGACCGCGGGGGGCAGAGCGACGAAGCGCGUCGGAGGCCUCAUCCCUGCCGCGGAUGCUGGCGGAUGCCGGCGGGAUGCCCGCGGACCCCGGCUGGCCAGGACCAAACCAGGGUGGCGUCCAGGGUUACUCGUUUCGAAUGGGCCCCCAGGACUAGUUGCUCCAUUUCUCGACGUUUUAUUGACCAAGGAAACAUUUUCCCCCCCACCCCCACCCCACCCUCGGGUGUUUUUUUUUUUUUUUUCAGUCUUAAAAAUAAAAUCCGGACUCAUGCUUUGUUAUUGUACCACUAGUUCCUCACAGUUUGGGGUCGCGGUGUUCGCAGUUGUUCAGGUAUUCUAACGGUGACGUUUAUAUUUGUAGCUACUGUGAAUUUUUUUUCCCAUUCGUUUGGAAUAAUAGACGAGAAUGAUUUCAAGGGGGAAGCGCCCCCCUCCCCCAAUUCGCCAUUAGGAUAUUCACGUGAUUAUUAUUUCUGGGGGUGGGGGGUGCGGAAAGUGGCAGGAAUGAGCCUUGUUCUACAUUUCACUUGAUUUGAGUCUAAACAUAAACGUUAAUCCUAAACACUCCGUGUUUCCGAUUUUUUUUUUUAAAUCAACUUGCACGGGAGAAAUUUAAAAAAGGUUUCAGUUGUUGAAUUUUGACAUCUGCCUCAAAGAGGUGAUUCGGAGGUUUUUAAAAUCUGGUUUGUCUUUUACCAGGAAUCCCUCUCAAAGCUGAACUUGCCUUUUCUUCCUUACA